GAAGCUGACACGAUGCGCUUUAUCGCGAGCAACACCAGUAUUCCCGUUCCCACUGUCUUUAGGCACUGGAGCGUCUCACCUCGGGAUGAUGCGAUCCUCAUGGAGUGGCUUGACGACACGUAUACCCUCCAAGACCGAUGGACAUUCUUGACUGAGGAGGACAAGCUAAAAAUCGCUCGACAAAUUAGAGCUUCUGUGGAUCAACUCAGGGGACUGCGUCAGCCUGACACUAUUCAAGGCAUGAUCUGCCCCAUUGACCCCUCACAAAAAGUGUACGAUGAGCGAGUCAAAGGUCAACCUUGCGGGCCUUUUGAGUCGGAACGCGCUUUCAAUGAAUACCGGCUCAGUCUAUUGGAUCACUUUCUGUGGGAACCAGGAGCUCAGAAAGACAUUGAGAACAUCAGGACCCACGUCAGGGAGGACCACCGUAUCGUGUUUACGCAUGGUGACAUUGGCAAGCGUAAUAUCUUGGUCGACGAGCACAACAGUGUAGUCGCCAUUAUUGACUGGGAGAUGGCUGGCUGGAUGCCUGAAUAUUGGGAGUGGAUCAAG